AUGGAACAAUCCAAUGGCGUAACUCCCACGGAACAACUACCACCGAUCAAUCGAAUCACCCAACUCGAGCAAGAUGCACCUCUUCUCAGUCUGAUGACCAAAAUCCGAGACGCAAGCACAUCGCACCGCGACUUCUGUUCUGCCGUCGACAGAAUUGCCCAACGGCUUAUCACUUUGGCACUCACUCAUGUUCCGUCGGAGCCUCAAACCAUAAAGACGCCUACAGGGGCGACCUAUAUGGGAAUUCGACAUACCAAGGACGUAUGUGGAGUGAGCGUACUCCGGGCAGGCGCUAGCAUGGAGCAUGCGCUGCGGAAUACAUGGAUGGGCCCAUUGAGCUUCGGACACAUUCUAAUCCAACGAGACGAGCAAACAAGUAAAGCACAGCUGUACUAUUCAAAGCUACCACGGCAUAUCAAAGAUAAUGUGGUGCUACUCCUGGAACCAAUGCUUGCAACUGGGGGUUCAGUCAUUAAAGCCGUCCAGACACUGAAAGACCACGACGUGCCUGAAAAUUCUAUUGUUCUCGUCAAUGUGGUAGCCUCGAAGAAAGGACUUGAUGUUGUGUCGACGACCUUUCCUGAAUUGAGAAUUGUGUCGGCGGCCGUGGACUCGGACCUUACUGCUGAGAAUCCUGGAGUGGGUGACUUUGGAGACCGGUAUUAUGGUACUUAG